CUUUAUUGCGGAGGACUACAACAACUGAAUUCAGAUAUAAUAAGUAUACUAUAUUUCUGUGGUACUGGCUACUGACCAAGUACAGUCAGUACAAAUCAUUGAAUCUGAGUUAGAACAAGCGGGGAUACGGCUUUGUAAGUUUGUUUCUCGUUAUCUGAAAUUUAUACGCGUCUGACCAUUGGCAUUCAUCACUCGAAACUAUGAGCGGUUUAAGUUUGCUAAAAAAAACCGUUCUCAGGAAUGUGUGCUUAUUAAAACAGAUUCGACCUCUGCAUGUGUCGUCUGCCCGGACCAAGUCGGUAGCUCCAAGAGAAUCACUGAACUCCGACUAUGUAUUAGAUUUAAACUAUGAUUUCCACUAUCGUGACCAAAUACCAUUUACCGCAAAAGAUAAGAGGAAUAAUACUAUUGCCGACGUUUCAAUGGGAAUAGUUUUGGCAUUUGUUUUGUAUAAAUGUUACUCUGAACCUGAGCAUUUGCUUGGAGAUUUUCCAUAUCCUGAUUACUCAGAAUGGACUGAUGAAGAAUUGGGAGUACCGCCAGUUGAAUAAUCAUAUAUUAUUAAUAAUUCAGUUAAAUGUAGUAUAAAAUAUUUAAUCCAGAAAAAAAUUCUAUGAAAAAGUGAAUAAUCCACAAAUAAAUAUUACAUUGAUCGUUAA